AGAGGGCUUGGAAAUUCACUUUGCCGACUGCUGCUCCACUGACACCCCACCCCCUCAGUGCUGAAUGAAACCUGUCUGAGCUGUGUACGAGGAGCCUCUGCUCAAGUGACCUCAGGUGGACGAAGGUUGUCUCUGGAGAGCGGGCCAGGCCACAGCGUGGACGCACUCCCAGACCUCUGCGGCCCCAGCCCCGCCUAAGAGGAUGAGCGGCUCGGAUGCGGGGCUGGAGGAGGAGCCAGAGCUCAGCAUCACCCUCACGCUGCGGAUGCUGAUGCAUGGGAAGGAAGUGGGCAGCAUAAUCGGGAAGAAGGGAGAGACCGUGAAACGAAUCCGGGAGCAGAGCAGCGCCCGGAUCACCAUCUCCGAGGGCUCCUGCCCCGAGCGCAUCACCACUAUCACGGGUUCUACAGCGGCUGUCUUCCAUGCGGUGUCUAUGAUCGCCUUCAAGCUAGAUGAGGACCUUUGCGCUGCCCCGGCAAACGGUGGGAACAUAUCCAGGCCUCCUGUGACCCUGCGCCUUGUCAUCCCUGCCAGCCAGUGUGGCUCACUGAUCGGGAAGGCUGGCACCAAGAUAAAGGAGAUCCGGGAGACCACAGGCGCCCAGGUGCAGGUGGCAGGGGACCUGCUCCCCAACUCCACGGAGCGUGCUGUCACCGUGUCUGGAGUACCUGAUGCCAUCAUCCUGUGUGUGCGCCAGAUCUGCGCUGUUAUCCUGGAGUCCCCACCCAAAGGAGCCACUAUCCCAUAUCAUCCAAGCCUCUCUCUAGGCACUGUCCUUCUGUCUGCUAACCAGGGCUUCUCUGUCCAGGGCCAGUAUGGGGCUGUGACCCCAGCUGAGGUCACCAAGCUCCAGCAGCUCUCAGGGCACACUGUCCCCUUUGCCUCACCCAGUGUGGUACCAGGACUGGAUCCCAGCACGCAGACCAGCUCGCAGGAGUUCCUGGUCCCCAAUGAUCUGAUAGGCUGCGUGAUCGGGCGCCAGGGCAGCAAGAUCAGCGAGAUCCGACAGAUGUCAGGGGCACAUAUCAAGAUUGGGAACCAAGCGGAGGGCGCCGGUGAGCGGCAUGUGACCAUCACUGGCUCGCCCGUCUCCAUCGCCCUGGCCCAGUACCUCAUCACUGCCUGUCUAGAGACGGCCAAGUCUACCUCUGGGGGGACGCCUGGCUCGGCCCCCGCAGACCUGCCCGCCCCCUUCUCGCCACCCCUGACGGCCCUACCCACGGCUCCCCCAGGCCUGCUGGGCACACCCUAUGCCAUCUCCCUCUCCAACUUCAUCGGCCUCAAGCCGGUGCCCUUCUUGGCUCUGCCACCUGCCUCCCCAGGGCCACCGCCGGGCCUGGCAGCCUACACUGCCAAGAUGGCAGCGGCCAACGGGAGCAAGAAAGCCGAGCGGCAGAAAUUCUCCCCCUACUGAGGCCAGCUGAGGCACAGGUGGGGGCAGGCAGGACCACCAGGCAGGGGGCUGCCUCCGCACCCCGCCUGCCCAAGGAGACACCACCUGGGGGUCCCUAAUGCCGCUAAAGCCCAGACGCAUGGAUGCACCCUCCACCCUGCCCCAGUCUGCAGGAGUUCUUUCUCUCAGUGGGGGCAGUUUCUGGCCCAGGGUUCUGGGAGCUUCAGCAGUCCCGAGGCAGGGAGCCCCAGCCCUUCAGCUCUGUGCUUGGCUGCAGGGAGCAGCCAGGGGCCUCCUUUCAUGCUCCUUCCUUGGUGGGUUUCCUCCUGUACUCCCCACACCCUAGGGCUUCCCAGCCUACUGCCCCCCUGUGGGGUUCAUGGAGGGGUGCUGGGGAGCCAUGCUUCUCUCCCCACCUCCCUGCAGAUUCCUGCUGCUUCCACUGGCACCCUUUUGACUGGAAUGGACUGGCUGGGCUUGGCAGGGGGGACCCAAAGAGGAGCCACUGCCCGGUAGCUGAGGGGGUGGUGUUGGGGCGGGGGCCGAGUUCUCAGCAGCCGACACUCUGUACAGUUUUUUCAAUCCCUGUUUUUGAAUAAAUAUUCUCAUGACCAGGAA